AUGUCAAAUGAUAUUAUGCACCACCACCAUGGUCGCCAAGACCAACAGCAGCAACAAGAAUUCGAUAAACUGAUAAGCAAGGGUAAUCAUCUUGAAUUCUAUAAAGAACAGGACAAUAUUAAGUUCCACAAACAAAAAUUGUUUCAUUUAACUACAAAUCGUUUAAAAUUAUAUUUAGGUAACAGCACUAAGAAGUUGAUAACACAGAAUGGUCAUAAUGAAUGCACAAAGAAUGAUUUAGAUGUAGUCGAAGAAGCUGAAAUUAACAGGAAAUAUGAUGUUCCUUUUGAACUAAAUCAUAAACCAUUGAACAACGCAACAUCAAACAAUUUGCCGUUGAUCCAAUCAUCAUUAAUCUCAACAUCAUUAUCUUACACAUCUUUAUCGUCGUAUUCAUCAACGGCCACAAAACUAGUACACAAAUCAACUAAGCAUAGAGAUAAGAGGUCAAGAGAAAAAUUCGCUAAUACUCUGUUACUUAAAUUAGAAGCGUUGUCACCAAGGUUCAGUAAAUCAACAUUAUACUCGACAACACUAAUUAAAACAACAAAUAAGAGUGAUUUUACUGAAUACAAUGAGAAUGAUCAUUUUUAUCAAGAAACGGUAAACCCAUAA